UCAGAAAUUCACUACAAAGGUUAACGCAGCACAAUUAAUGUAGGGUGUCGGUAUUAUGCGGUGGAGCUUUUGCUGGCACUUGUGGCGAAGUUUGGAUUAACUUUGAACGUUGAACGUUUGAACAGAGCAAAGUCUUAGGGGAAACUAUGAGUGUGUAGUUGGUCCAAAUCUAUGUAACGAUCAAAACAAUUGUGACUCCGCAUGGGGAUGAUAAUCGCUCACGCAAACAUGUUAGCUGAGAAUCUCUAAUGGAACCUACAGAGGAUUAUUCUUUCCCUCCCGUCUCUUUUAAGCCUCUUUUGACUGAGAUUUCCGGGCUUCUGAGGUCGACUUCGUCGACGCUUGCAGUGGCGGAAACCACAACGGGUGGUCUCGUGUCAGCUUCCCUGCUUUCUGUAUCUGGAGCGAGCAAGUUCUUCGUGGGAGGAGCGACAGUGUACACCACAAAGUCACGGAGGACUUGGGCAGGUUGGACCGAUGAGAACUUGGUGAACUACAUUGGGCCCACACCGGAACUCGUCACAGAGCUCGCAGCGAACGUCAGGGAACAGAUGGAUGUCACGUACUGCAUCGGGGAGUCGGGUGCUACAGGUCCCACUGUCCCGGGACCGCCGUUUGUCCAUAUAGCAGGGCAAACAUGUAUUACCGUCGUGUCUCAUGAAGGUUUUGCGACUCGUGUCGUGAACACAGGUGUCGCAGAUAGAGAGAAGAACAUGAUGGCUUUCACAAAGGCAGCCUUGGUGCUGCUCAGGGACGUUCUUGCAGGAGACGUUAAACUGGAGCAGCAGUGCCGGCCUGACUCAAAGAGUUCGGAGGUUACGAAGCUUUGAGCAUUUUACGCCAUAGUAUCAGGUUUCUCCAUUUCACAUGCCAUCGUCACCCACUAUACUCUACUGCAACCGUCACAUACAUAUUGCCAUAUGCAUACCUACCUAGGCCUGAUGUCGCUGAUACGUGAUGUGAUCUACCUCAGUUGUGAUCUACCUCAGAUUCCUCCCGGCCACCAUCAUCUCUUGACAAUGUU